UUGACAAGGGCAGUAACAAAUCAUCUGCAGAGGUGGGCGUGGAUCUGCUUUCGUCAGCGGUCCUCUUGGUUUUGGUGCCUGCAAGAAGGAGCUGUCAGCUAACGUUAGCUCGCUAAAAAAAACACGGGACGCAAGAACAGCGAAAGCACCAACGACAAAAAGCUGGUGCGUCAGAAGGGGGAGGCCCAAUUUACCGUUUCGUUUUUGUUUAGCUCAUUAUUAAUUUUGUUUGAAAACAAACCCUACCCCCUCCUCAACCCUAUUUUUUUGUUUGUCCCAUAUACAUUAUUUUGUUUGUGAUACCUCCUCCAGCUUUGGGAGCAGCGAGGGGUCUUCAUGGCUGUUCGAAGAGGCCACAUCAGGUACCUAAAAGAGGUGUAUGACAUGUCCAACGGCUACGAGGAUCACAUGGGAGGAGGAGAUGAGGUGACGGAUGCCAAGACCAACCUGAUAGUCAACUACCUUCCCCAGAGCAUGAGCCAGGACGAGCUACGCAGCCUCUUCAGCAGCAUUGGCGAGGUGGAGUCCGCCAAGCUCAUACGGGACAAAGUGGCAGGCCACAGUUUAGGGUACGGAUUUGUUAACUAUCUUACCCCUAGCGAUGCUGAAAGAGCUAUCAAUACUCUGAAUGGACUAAGGCUACAGUCUAAAACUAUCAAGGUUUCAUAUGCGCGGCCGAGCUCUGACACCAUUAAAGAUGCCAACCUGUACAUCAGUGGCCUGCCCAAGACCAUGACCCAGAAAGACGUGGAGGACAUGUUCGCUCGCUACGGACGCAUCAUCAACUCCCGUGUGCUGGUCGACCAGGCCUCUGGCCUGUCUCGGGGGGUGGCGUUCAUCCGAUUUGACAAGCGAGCAGAGGCUGAGGACGCCAUCAAAGACCUGAACGGACAGAAACCCCCCGGAUCCGCUGAGCCAAUCACAGUGAAGUUUGCUGCCAGCCCCAACCAGGCCAAGAACACUCAGCUCAUAUCUCAGCUCUACCACAACCAGGGACGUCGCUUUGGAGGGCCAGUUCACCACCAGGCUCAGAGAUUCAGGUUUUCUCCCAUGUCUGUGGACCAUAUGAGCGGUAUGUCUGGGGUGAGUGUGCCGGGGAACGCCACCGCUGGCUGGUGCAUCUUCAUCUACAACCUGGGCCAGGACGCCGACGAGGGAAUCCUAUGGCAGAUGUUCGGGCCCUUCGGCGCCGUCACCAACGUCAAGGUCAUCCGCGACUUCAACACCAACAAGUGCAAAGGCUUUGGCUUUGUUACCAUGACGAACUACGAGGAGGCCGCCAUGGCGAUCGGCAGCCUCAACGGUUACCGCCUCGGGGACAAGAUCCUACAGGUGUCGUUCAAGACCAGCAAAGGCCACAAGUAGAGAGAGAAGAGGGAGGUGGGGUGAUAGAGGGAGGAGAGAAACCUCACCCCAGGCUUCUAAUAUGGAGGGUGAAUUGCCUCAGUUUGACAAAACAAACUUGUUUUUAUUGUUAUCUCACUAAGCCCAUUCUCACUCUGCAUCUUUUUACUAGUCUAACAGAGAGUCUAGGCUGAGUUUGAUAUUUCUCUUCUUUUUUUUUUACUCAUGCUUUGGGUUGUUCCAAACGCAGUUCUCAAUGUUUAUCCUGAUAUGGUGACCAAUUUCACAAUUCAAGACGAGAUUGUUUUUCCUGUGAGACUAAACUAGUGUCACUAUGUGCCAUAUGAAUGGUAGGACCACGGUAGGGACUUGGAGAAGGAUGCGCUACAGUCAUACGUCUAGUCCCCCACUGUAGGAGGAAGCAUGCGGUCUUAGACGCUGGUUCCAGUGUAGAAAUAGAUGCCUUAAGUUACCACCCUGUCAAGCCAUCCACUGUCUCCAGCCAUUCUAAAAGGAAAGCACUUUUUAAAUCCUUAUUAUAUAAUGUCAGAGCGAUAGUCGGCUGUUUUGACGUCAACCAUACAUUGGUCUUCUCUCACCGUGCAGGAAUCAGUUUUAUACGCCUCAUGUUAGGUACUGGAUGGUACCAUUACAUAGCAUGUGUGUCCCGUUUUGGGGGUCUUUUAAAAGUUGACUGAAAAAAAAAAGGUCUAGAGAUUUUAAAGUAGGAACAUGUUUAAGAAGGACCAAAGAAAUGGAAGGGCAUGAUCCCAGGGCCCGUAUUCACAUGCUGAUCUAGGAUCAUAAAUAAGUACGAUUUAUAUGGACCGAGAGGAGCUGAUCUUAGAUCAGCAUUAAGUCCUCUGAGAAGCUUUGUGAAUAGGGAAGAUGCUUACUGUUAUGACUCAUUUCCCCUCACCUGUAAUAGUUUAGACAUCUGAACAACCGCUACUAAGGCUGAAUCUAACAAGAGUGGAGCAACACAGCUCUCUCUCUCUCAUCCAGUUUGCUGUUUUUGUAGAAAAGAAAGUUCUCUCUUUAUCUUUGAUUUUCUUGAAUUUUCUUUGAGAGACUAACUUUUCUUUUUUCGUCGAAGCAUAGACCACUGACCGGAGAGUUGAGUUGUUUUUGUUUUUUACUGCUCAUCUCGAGCUAACGAAUAAUUUAAGGCCUUUGUGAUAAUUUUUUUUGGUAUAGAGAUUUUUUUGCUUUGGUUCUGUUUUUGGUCCUUUUGUUUUGAUUGUUUAAUUUGAACAUGCUAUCAUUACAUUUACUUUAGAUUUGACUCAACGUUUUGGUUUUGUUUCUUUUAUUUCAUCAGGUUUUGGUUUGUGGAUUUUCUUUGGGGUUUUCUCUUUUGAUUGUAGAAGCUGAGGGAAGCUACAGACACCAGACUGCUAUUAUGAUGAUACUACAGUAUGACACUACUCACUCCAUUCCCAUUGGGAUAUUACAGGAUGGUCAACAUCAUAAGGUUUAGUUUGACUCUCUAAGAUGCUCUGAAGGGCAAGAGGAUGCAGUCUCCGUUGUAAAAAACAUCUCAGACGUUGGCCUUAUUUUCCAUUCAAACUUGUGUGUGAACCAUGAGGCAGAGGGCUUUCAAAGAUGGGAGUCCUCCAGUUGAGGUAAUGAAAGUCUUGUUUCAUGUUAUUAGGAUGUAGGAGUUACUGAUGAACCCAUAAGGAAUAGUCUGUUCUAAUACAGGUACUGCAGGAGGCGGUUUCACUCAUGGACCUUUGAUCUGCCCUGCAGCCAACAAACACAGUCAUCCUGAGAAACUGUCUGCCAUUUUAGAAAUGUGCAAUAACUGGAAAAACUUGGGUUAAAGAAAGCUAAACCCAGGCAUAUUCAAGUGACGUUUCAGGAAGAAGACUGGGGGUUGGUUUUCCAUCAAGCGAAUAUUCCUACAUCUGUUUUUAACAUAUCUUUGUGCACUUUUCAUCACCAAGGCCUUUCCUAUGUAGGUUUGAGAGUGUAGUACUGUAGUCUGUUGGAGAGUAAGUAACUGACUCCAGCAGCACCACAACACAGUUGGUUAGUUUAGUUUCCUGCUGCAGCAGAUCUAGGAUCAGUUUACCCUUACACAGUCCUAACCUUCACCAUAAUGGAUGACACUUGUUUUAGAAAAGUAGGGCCUUGUACUGUCAAUAGAGAUUCUCCAUUGAGCAUGAUUUUAUGUCCAGGAGUAGGCUUCAUCUGGGUUCUUGGAACAGCCUCGUAACCAGACUUUAUAAUUCUCUCUCUUUUAAAGGUAUUGUGAUCUCUGUCUUCAGAUCUGUAAAGCCUUACUAGUUUCCACACGUGGACAAAAAAUACGGCUCCUGUCACAGGAAUACCCUCUUCGUAGGCCUCAAGUUAGUCACUAUUACAUUUUUUUAAAGGAGAAGAUUGUUUGUUUUAAGGAGAAGUUGUUUCUCAUGGAACAGUCCUGAACAGAGUGCAUGCAAUAUGUGGUGGGUCUUUAAAAAAAAACUGGACCAGAAACUGUACUAGUGGUUAUUCUGAAACAGAAACUGCACGAGAGAGAGUGGUUAUUCUGAACCAGAAACGACCACGAGAGAGAGUGGUUAUUCUGAACCAGAAACGACCACGAGAGAGAGUGGUUAUUCUGAACCAGAAACGACCACGAGAGAGAGUGGUUAUUCUGAACCAGAAACGACCACGAGAGAGAGUGGUUAUUCUGAACCAGAAACGACCACUAGAGGGAGAGUGGUUAUUCUGAACCAGAAACGACCACUAGAGGGAGAGUGGUUAUUCUGAACCAGAAACGACCACUAGAGGGAGAGUGGUUAUUCUGAACCAGAAAUGACCACUAGAGGGAGAGUGGUUAUUCUGAACCAGAAAUGACCACUAGAGGGGGAGUGGUUAUUCUGAACCAGAAAUGACCACUAGAGGGGGAGUGGUUAUUCUGAACCAGAAAUGACCACUAGAGGGGGAGUGGUUAUUCUGAACCAGAAAUGACCACUUGAGGGGAAGUGGUUAUUCUGAACCAGAAGCGGCACUAGAGAGAGUGGUUAUUCUGAACCAGAAGCGGCACUAGAGAGAGUGGUUAUUCUGAACCAGAAGCGGCACUAGAGAGAGUGGUUAUUCUGAACCAGAAGCGGCACUAGAGAGAGUGGUUAUUCUGAACCAGAAAUGACCACUGGAGGAGGAGUGGUUAUUCUGAACCAGAAGCAGCACUAGAGAGAGUGGUUAUUCUGAACCAGAAGCAGCACUAGAGAGAGUGGUUAUUCUGAACCAGAAACGAUCACUAGAGAGAGUGGUUAUUCUGAACCAGAAACGAUCACUAGAGAGAGUGGUUAUUCUGAACCAGAAGCGGCACUAGAGAGAGUGGUUAUUCUGAACCAGAAAUGACCACUAGAGGAGGAGUGGUUAUUCUGAACCAGAAAUUACCACUAGAGGAGGAGUGGUUAUUCUGAACCAGAAAUUACCACUAGAGGAGGAGUGGUUAUUCUGAACCAGAAAUGACCACUAGAGGAGGAGUGGUUAUUCUGAACCAGAAAUGACCACUAGAGGAGGAGUGGUUAUUCUGAACCAGAAAUGACCACUAGAGGAGGAGUGGUUAUUCUGAACCAGAAAUGACCACUAGAGGGGGAGUGGUUAUUCUGAACCAGAAAUGACCACUAGAGGGGGAGUGGUUAUUCUGAACCAGAAAUUACCACUAGAGGGGGAGUGGUUAUUCUGAACCAGAAAUGACCACUAGAGGGGGAGUGGUUAUUCUGAACCAGAAACGACCACGAGAGAGAGUGGUUAUUCUGAACCAGAAACGACCACGAGAGAGAGUGGUUAUUCUGAACCAGAAACGACCACGAGAGAGAGUGGUUAUUCUGAACCAGAAACGACCACGAGAGAGAGUGGUUAUUCUGAACCAGAAACGACCACGAGAGAGAGUGGUUAUUCUGAACCAGAAACGACCACUAGAGGGAGAGUGGUUAUUCUGAACCAGAAACGACCACUAGAGGGAGAGUGGUUAUUCUGAACCAGAAAUGACCACUAGAGGGGGAGUGGUUAUUCUGAACCAGAAAUGACCACUAGAGGGGGAGUGGUUAUUCUGAACCAGAAAUGACCACUAGAGGGGGAGUGGUUAUUCUGAACCAGAAAUGACCACUAGAGGGGGAGUGGUUAUUCUGAACCAGAAAUGACCACUUGAGGGGAAGUGGUUAUUCUGAACCAGAAGCGGCACUAGAGAGAGUGGUUAUUCUGAACCAGAAGCGGCACUAGAGAGAGUGGUUAUUCUGAACCAGAAAUGACCACUGGAGGAGGAGUGGUUAUUCUGAACCAGAAGCAGCACUAGAGAGAGUGGUUAUUCUGAACCAGAAGCAGCACUAGAGAGAGUGGUUAUUCUGAACCAGAAACGAUCACUAGAGAGAGUGGUUAUUCUGAACCAGAAACGAUCACUAGAGAGAGUGGUUAUUCUGAACCAGAAGCGGCACUAGAGAGAGUGGUUAUUCUGAACCAGAAAUGACCACUAGAGGAGGAGUGGUUAUUCUGAACCAGAAAUGACCACUAGAGGAGGAGUGGUUAUUCUGAACCAGAAAUGACCACUAGAGGAGGAGUGGUUAUUCUGAACCAGAAAUGACCACUAGAGGAGGAGUGGUUAUUCUGAACCAGAAAUUACCACUAGAGGAGGAGUGGUUAUUCUGAACCAGAAAUUACCACUAGAGGGGGAGUGGUUAUUCUGAACCAGAAAUGACCACUAGAGGGGGAGUGGUUAUUCUGAACCAGAAAUGACCACUAGAGGGGGAGUGGUUAUUCUGAACCAGAAAUUACCACUAGAGGGGGAGUGGUUAUUCUGAACCAGAAAUUACCACUAGAGGGGGAGUGGUUAUUCUGAACCAGAAAUGACCACUAGAGGGGGAGUGGUUAUUUGGAACCAGAAUUGACCACUCGAGGGGAAGUGGUUAUUCUGAACCAGAAAUGACCACUAGAGAGAGUGGUUAUUCUGAACCAGAAAUGACCACUAGAGAGAGUGUGGUUAUUCUGAACCAGAAAUGACCACUAGAGAGAGUGGUUAUUCUGAACCAGAAAUGACCACUAGAGGAGGAGUGGUUAUUCUGAACCAGAAAUGACCACUAGAGGAGGAGUGGUUAUUCUGAACCAGAAAUGACCACUAGAGAGAGUGGUUAUUCUGAACCAGAAAUGACCACUAGAGGAGGAGUGGUUAUUCUGAACCAGAAAUGGGGGAGUGGUUCACUUGCUUGACUCUUUGUUCUCAUCCUUUUGAUAUUUUUCUAUUGAGUUCUACUAAUCAGCUCUUGCUUUGCUAGCUUUUCAGUGCUACUAUGUUGAAAUGCUAUGUUGAAAUGCUAGUGGGUUUACUGGAGUAAAUAGAUUAUGGUUAACCUCUGUUUUUAGCCUUAAUUUAUGUGGGAGAGAUGGAACUGGCAACAGCAGUGGAGGCACAAAGAUGUAAUUUAUUUGACUUGUGUGUAGUUUUACAUGUUUGUACAUUUUUUUGUGUUGGAGUGUGUUCCUUUUGACUUUUUUAAUAGAUUAAUUUUGAUUUCCUCUGUUUGGUUUUGAAGGAAGGCCUGUUCAGAACCUGUCUAACACACAAUUACAUUGAAUAAAAUAUCUGUAAGCUUUAUAAAGCUCA